AAAGGAAAGCUGGAGUCGAAAUUUCUUCAAAGCUUUACAUUGGCAAAUCCGCGUACGGCAGGAUGAAAAACAGGGGAAUCUCUUGGCGCUUGGAUGUGUGAAGCAGUCCUUAAUUUUUAUAAGGUGUGCAACACCUUGGACCGAAUUCAGUUGCAUAAAAUGUGCAGCUUGUGAAAUGAGCUCAUCCUUUAAGGCCUUAAGUCAACCUGUCUUUGUGCUCCUGUUUGACUGAUGAAAUCAAAGCUUCUCGAUUCUUUUACCACAUGAAAAGUUUCAUAGCAAAUGCUCAAGAUGUGUUUGCUGGAUCUGGGAGAAAUUAAUGAUAUCAUUGACCUCGAUCAACAUGUAAAUUUGGUUAUACUAUCUGAAAGUGGUUCCAACUAAUUACUUGGCCAUGGUAAUGCAAAUACACAUUCCUGUGCAGAACUUGCUAGUUUGUCAAUUGGGCUUUGAUUCUUAUUCUGAAUCUGGGAUUGCCACCAGUUGAUCAAAGAUAGUCUAUUACACAUUACUUUGGAAGGACUGACUAUUUCUUGGUUGGUCAACUUGUUAAGUUUGAGCACUUCUGUGGCUGCAUGAGGUAAGGGUAAACUGAAAAAUUGAAGGCAUAUCCUGCACUCUUUUGCCCCAUGCUGGAGUGAACAUCAAUAGAGUUCAAAUGCACGCACAUCCUAUUUGUAGCAAAUAGAGUGCCUUAUCACCUUAGCUUGUGCCAGGCAUCUCUUAUAUGCGUGUCUUUGUUUGUCUCUCAAAUAGCUCACUCACUUGAAGGAGAAUAUUUAUAGUAUUCAAAGGUCUUAUUAUUUUCAGCAAUCAACUGGGUUUCCUGCACCUCAUCAGUAAUGAGGAAAUAGCUUAAGUAUCGGAAGGCCUUUACUACAAUAUAGCAGCUGCAACUGUUGAUGAAAAGUAUAUUCUAUCACUAAAACACAUGGAGGGAUGGAUGCUCUCUUUUGUCACCAGCCUUGUCAAAUUUCUUUCAAAAGUAAAAAAAUUAAUGAUGCAUGUUUUGGCUUACAGGUCACUGUUUGCUUCUAAAAGCAUACAAACUGGAGAAUGCAUACUGAGAGUCCCAUACAACGUGCAAAUAGCACCAGAUAAUCUACUUCCGAAAGUUGCAUCUUUGUUAGACAAUGAAGUUGGCAAUGUUGCAAAGCUUGCUAUUGUCAUUUUGAUUGAGCAGAAAAGAGGGCAGGAAUCAGAGUGGGCCCCUUAUAUCAGCUGCCUACCUCGGCCUGGAGAAAUGCAUAGCACGAUAUUCUGGAGCAAAAGUGAGUUGGACAUGAUUCAUCAAAGCACAGUAUACCAAGAAACAAUUAAAGAAAAAUAUCAAAUUGAAAAGGAUUUCUUGAAAAUUAAAUCAGCUCUCGAUCACUCCCCAGAAAUUUUAGAUGGUAUCACACUUGAGGAUUUCAUGCAUGCAUAUGCUUUAGUUAGAUCUCGAGCAUGGGGAAGCACAAGGGGUGUAUCCCUGAUUCCAUUUGCAGAUUUUUCAAACCACGAUGGGGUUUCUGAAGCAUUCUUAUUAAAUGAUGAAGACAAACAGGUCUCAGAGGUCAUUGCUGAUCGUAAUUUUGCUCCUCAUGAAGAGGUGCUGAUCAGAUAUGGAAAAUUUUCAAAUGCUACCUUGCUGUUGGAAUUCGGAUUUGUAGUUCCACACAACAUCCAUGACCAGGUCCAGAUUCACAUUGACGUGCCCAAUCAUGAUUUUCUAGGUGAAAUGAAGUUGGAUAUUUUACGAAGGCAUCAUUUACCAACCACAAGAUAUGCCAAUGACUUCAAGUUUUCAGGGGAUUCUUUCAUAAUCAAGGAAGUAAGGUCCGCUAGAGGCAAAGGAAAAGGUCUGCCACAAUCACUACGUGCAUUUGCUCGUGUUCUUUGUUGCAACUCUUCUCAAGAUUUAAUUGAUUUGGCCAUGGAAGCUGAACAAAAUGAUGGUCGUUUAGCUCGAUGCCCUUUAAAAAAUAGCAGCAGGGAGAUCCAAGCACAUGAGAUCCUGUUGUCAAGAAUCAGUCAACUUAUUGAGGAAUAUAAUGUAUCUAUGAAGUCAUUGGAACCACCUGUUGCUGCUUCUGUGUGCAAAAGAUUUGCUCUUCGAAGGCAGAUGGCUCUAGAUCUCCUCACUGGUGAGCUUCUUGUCCUUGAAUCUGCAUACACAUGGCUGAAUAAUUACUGUGCUACCUUGUUACAGCAUUCCACUACCAAUGAUGAUGCCAGUGCCUGUGGGAAUAUUCGGGAAUGAACAAGUAAAUAAGAGCAGAAUGUUCAUUUUCUCCGUCACAUCCUGGUACAUGUAAAUUCAUUCAAAACUGCAAGCAGGAAGUUCAGAAAGAAGCCAGUUUCUAAAGCUAGACUGACGUCCAAGUGCCCUUCCUGGGUGUUUACAAACCUGCAACAUUAUGCCGGAAAUCCCGAUUGCAAUGAAGAUAGUGCAAAGUACAUCGGUUUUUUGCAACGUAGGGUGCCACUAAAAUUUAGAAGCUACUGUACUACAGCUAAGGUAAUGCUGUUGUGUCCAUACCAAUCACAGGAUUUCGUUAGUGCUGCCCAUUUAUUACGAUAUUUGAAGCCGAAGCAGCCUGCAUUCACCCUUUUCUUUCUCUUUGUUUUUGUGUGUAAUUAUGUGAUAGUUAUCAGAAAACAGAGUAAUUCUUGUUUCGAUUUUAAACCAAACAAUUUGCUGUGCUCUAGGCCACCGGCAACUCGAUGACGGGUGGAACUUAACGGCAUAUACCACCUUCUUUUAUUCUUUUUACCGUAUGGAAAGGGAUCAGAGGUGGCCCCAACUACAA